AGUAGCUUGAAUUUUCAAGUUAGUAUGUUGAAUUUUCAAGUUAGUAACUUGAAUUUUCAAGUCAGUAACUUGAAUUUUCAAGUUAGUAACUUGAAUUUUCAAUAUCUUGAAUUUAGUAACUUGAAUUUUCAAGUUAGUAUGUUGAAUUUUCAAGUUAGUAACUUGAAUUUUCAAGUUAGUAUGUUGAAUUUUCAAGUUUGUAUCUUGAAUUUUCAAGUGAGUAUGUUGAAUUUUCAAGUUUGUAUCUUGAAUUUUCAAGUGAGUAUCUCGAAUUUUCAAGUUACUAACUUGAAAAUUCAA